GGCUUGGAUUUCACAGCCAGAGAACGUGACUGCAAUGGUUGCCUUUGCUGUGCCAAACUUGCCCGCUCUCUGAACGCGACCCGCUGCCUUCAUCAACCCACAGGUUUUUUUUUUUUUUUUUUGCACCCCGGCGGGGCUACUUUCACUUCGAGGGGGGCAGUUGAGGAGCCGCCGCCGCGCUGGAGGUCGGAGAGCAGAAAACUUUGCCCGCGGAGAGAUACAGCUGCGCGGCUCAACUUCCACCAGCGAGCCCGAGGGAGGCGGGGAGGAGGAGUCAACAGGUCCCAGAGCUUAGGAGCUGCAAUCGAUUCAAAGGGAGAUUUCCUUGGCCAAGGACAGGGAGAUUGACGUUUUUGGGAAGAAGGGCCUGUCCGAGCAAUCGAUGCAGGCAGUCCACCAGCCGGAAGCCCAGUUGGCCGACCAGCACACCACUCAAUCAGUCUGAGCAGCAACACACAGGGCUGCUGGCAACCAACUGAGGCAGGGGCUUAGCAACUGCAAAGAGGGGGCCCGUCCAAGGAGAAGAGCUUUUUCUUGGCAUCAUGUGAUCUGCGCUUUCCCUCGGAGUGCUCUGCAGUGGAAGAGUGAAUCUACGCACUUGUGAAAGCAUCACAACCACUAGCACCCCUAUCACCACUAUCACCGCUCCUGACUGCUGCCAUCAAAGCCACCUUUUCUUGACUCGACUUGCCUUCUGUCUCUCUCUCUCCCCCUUCAUCUCGGAGAUAAGGAAUGGCCUUGCUGCUUUCGUGCCUUUCCAACGCCUCUCGCAAAUAAGGCCUUUUAGCUUCUUUCACAAUACCAGAGAAAGGAAGGAUAAAACACUCUGCAGUCCCCUUUAUACUUCUGCUCUGUGCCUUGUUUUUUUUUUUUUUUUAUCUUUGUGUCCUCAGUAACUCAAACCUCAACAAACACAUUCACUAAACCAACAGGAUUUUUUGUUCUGGUGACAUCUACAGCAGCUUUUUUAAGGACAACCUUUUCAAACGUGAGGGGAUUUUUUUAUUUAUUUUUUUGUUACACAAACUUUUCCUGGCAGUGUUUUGGAGUAUCUACUGAUCCAGCAUCCCUAUGGGGGAUUAAAUCGUUACAGGAAUCCAUACUGACUCCUCUUUGGCUCUGUUGCGUCUUGUUAAGGAGUUUUUUCAUUGAGGUCUGUUUGUGACUGAGGUGGACUGAGCCAGCAUGGCAGGGAAGGGUAACCCAGUGCCGGGGCCCCACCUCAACGGCUUCCCCAUGCCCACGUACUCCUACUUCUUCCCACACAUGUUGGGAAGCCUGUCACCUCCAGCCCUGCCAGGACUGCCCAUCAGUGGCUACAGCACCCCCUCUCCAGCCACGAUAGAGACCCAGAGUACCAGCUCAGAGGAGAUAGUGCCAAGCCCGCCCUCACCUCCCCCGCCACCCCGCGUCUACAAGCCCUGCUUUGUGUGCCAGGACAAGUCCUCAGGGUACCACUAUGGUGUCAGCGCCUGUGAGGGCUGCAAGGGUUUCUUUCGGAGAAGCAUCCAGAAGAACAUGGUGUACACUUGUCAUCGGGAGAAGAACUGCAUCAUCAACAAAGUCACCCGCAAUCGCUGCCAGUAUUGUCGGUUGCAGAAGUGCCUGGAAGUGGGGAUGUCAAAGGAGUCUGUGAGGAACGACCGGAACAAGAAGAAAAAGGAUGAGAAGAAGCAAGAGUGCACAGAGAGCUACGUGCUGAGUCCUGACACAGAACAGAUGAUCGACAGGGUUCGCAAGGCACACCAGGAUACUUUCCCCUCUCUCUGCCAGCUGGGCAAAUACACUACGACCAACAGCUCAGAACGACGUGUAUCCUUGGAUGUAGAUCUGUGGGACAAGUUCAGUGAACUUUCAACCAAGUGCAUCAUAAAAACAGUGGAGUUUGCUAAGCAGCUGCCUGGCUUCACAACGCUUACCAUCGCCGACCAGAUCACUCUGCUCAAAGCCGCAUGUCUGGAUAUCCUGAUACUGCGGAUCUGUACACGCUACACACCAGAGCAAGACACCAUGACUUUCUCAGAUGGACUCACGCUAAACCGAACCCAGAUGCACAACGCUGGCUUCGGUCCCCUCACUGACCUGGUUUUUGCCUUCGCCAACCAGCUCCUUCCUCUGGAGAUGGACGAUGCAGAGACGGGGCUGCUCAGCGCCAUCUGUUUGCUGUGUGGAGAUCGACAGGACUUGGAAGAGGCGGACAAAGUAGACAUCCUGCAGGAGCCCCUUCUGGAGGCGCUGAAGAUUUAUGUAAGGAAGAGGAGGCCCCACAAACCGCAUAUGUUCCCCAAGAUGCUCAUGAAGAUCACUGAUCUGAGAAGCAUCAGUGCUAAAGGAGCUGAGCGUGUCAUCACUCUGAAGAUGGAGAUCCCUGGCUCAAUGCCGCCUCUCAUCCAGGAGAUGCUGGAGAACUCAGAAGGUCUGGAGUCUGGAGCAGCAGGCGGCCGACCCAGUGGAGCUCCUCCAGGCAGCUGCAGCCCCAGUCUGUCCCCCAGCUCUGCCCAAAGCAGUCCAGCCACACAAUCGCCGUAGUUGCGGCCCAUCUUUUUAUUUUUUCCUCAUGUUGCUCUCUGUCUCCUCAUUCUGAAGAGGAGGGGCGAAGGAGGUGGGCCUUGACCCUAACUGCUGAACACAGGAGACUGGCAGAGCCAACCUUCUCCUCUCCCUGCAACACAAGUCCCCAUCUCCUGAUCUGCUUUCCCUCAGUCUGGAAAAUCGUCCAGAUGUGAGGAGAGGUGAGGCCGGAGCGGGCCGGGGUAACAGGAUGCCUCCAAGAUACCACACCGUAAACACUGCUGAUGACUCUUCCUCCUUCUCCCCCCACUCUCCUCUCCACUGCUGCUCCUCCCCUCUCCACCUCUCUGGGAAAGACUGAUCGAAGCAAAUCUGGAUGCAACGGAGACAAGUUUUGAAUGAAACUGAGAGUGGGUGGGGCACAAUGGAGCGAAUAUAUGGACAAUGAAUACAGACUGACUUGAGACAAACACCAGACACUUUUUUUUGUUGUACUCUGAGGCAGACUGCAACUUUGGGACUUGUCAAAAGACCCCACUCCUCAAAGACUUUGGGUCUUUUCUCUUUUUCCAAUUUCAAAAACAGAUUUCAUACAAAAGAUAUAUAAAUAUAUAUAGAAAAAUUAAGGAACUAUUGUGAUUGACAUGUCCAGAACAGAAUGGCAGGUUGAAAUGAGGACAUUUUUUCUGAGCUGAGAUUAGAAAUUGUUGUACUCCUUCACUGUUUGAAUCUUUUCAUACCCAUCAAGAGUAUUGAGAGAAAUGUUUCAGUUUCACAUUUGUACAUUAUUCUAAUUAACAAAAAGCAAAAGAUGUUGAAAUUUCUCUCCAAUAUACACAUGCAAACACAUACACAUAUACACACAAGACACAUAUACACACACGCUCUCAAAUGUGUACAGAAAACAAGUCGCAAUGAAUAUCGCCCACUAUUCCAGGUUGGAUUUGUUUUCCUUUUUUUUCUUUGUUUUUUCUUUUUCUUCCAAGAGAAUGGAAAAAAUAAUGAUUGUAUGAACUUGGUUGUAUGAUAUGGUCACAGGUCCUUUCAAGAAAUCAAAUUAAUGAAGAUUCAUUAUUAAGGUGUAUUUUAAGUAGCCUUUGAGUUUGUGUAUAUAAGCUGUAUUCAUUUCUUUAAAACUAUGAAGAGUUUUAGGCUUCACCUGAUUUUUUUUUUUUAAAAGAAUACCUUUUAUGUGUUUUGUUGAUAGGUUUGUGAUUCAAGAAAAAGAGACAUUUUGAGCACAUUUUACUGAAGGAAAUUCUUUCAUGUUUUGUGUCCUACUCGAUAGUGGACAGACCCUUCACCAAUCACUGGCUGUUCAGAAUGUGGCUUUCACAAACAAUUUCAACCCUUUGCCCCUUUUGUUUUUAAAACCUGUUUCUAUGUACAGUAGAUAACAAAGUAGCACUCCUGUCGGGGCAUAGCUUUUUGGCCAUGUAGCAGAAAGAGAAGGUGUUCCCUAAAAUGGUGAGUUAGAUCUUGUAGCCUUUGCAGGCUAAAGACAGCAGCUCAGCUUCAAAGAGAAUUCAAAUGUGAAGAAUGGUGUUCAUACACUCUGUAUUAAACACGAGUGAUUCUCAGUCUUCUCUGAAUGGAUCAAUCUGCGGUGGCUGGGAGAAAAUUGUAGCGGCCCCUCUACUCUGUCAGUGGUCAGACAAGUGAAGGUCCCUAAUGUGAUGUUUGUCAGCUAAGUCCUCACAAACCUCCCCCCUGGCAACCUGUGGUAGAAACAAAUAUGACUUUAUGCCGGAUCCAGAGCAACCUCGCACCCUGUGACUCACUUUACACCAAAACGCCUUCACCAUUAACACACGUCAUCAAGACCAUCAUUACUGUACACACACCAAUGUCUCAGGAAGGAAUCAUUUUGUGUGCUUGGCCUGUUAUUUGUAUAUGUUCUGUGCUGCACCCCGUAAAGCCUCCGAUCACAGAUGCACAUGUACACUCACUUCUGCUACUGAGCCCCUGAAUUUUUCUUCAGUCACUCACUUUCGUUAGGCCUGGCAGACCAGGACUUUAUGCAGAGAGACGCCGACCCUGUCCCCCUUCAAAAUUACAGACAUAGGAUGCCAGUGUGGAGUCUCUCUGAGUCGUUCAUGUGUACUUUUUAUUUGUACGGUCAAAGCUGCUUUCAUCAUUUAGGACUUAACCUGUCCAGAACAGCGCACAAGUUUUCCCUCCACAGCUAAUCUGGAAUAGCAACAGACACACCGUCAGUUUGAGAAGUAUGGAAUAUGUUGCAAUUUUGUCAAGAUUAUCAAGCGACUUUGGAAAAAAAAAGACAAAACAAACAAAAAAAGAUUAAAAAAUAAAAACCAACAUUUAAUAAUUAAA